AUGGACACACUGCAUUCCAAAUGCAUUUCCACGUUGACUCGAUCUCCGGGACUGGCCCUGUUUCAAACCAGGAACUUGCGACACCAGAGUCUCGUCUCAGCGAAGACAACCAUUUGCGCACCUAAUAAAAGAUGGACUGCAUCGCAACCACCUAAAGAUGAAAAAGAAACGGACUCGGAAAAGCCUCUCUCUACCACCAAACGCAUCUUAUCCAAGAUUCCGCUGGCUACUAAAUCGCAUGAAAAUAUCUACACCGUUCCCAACAUUCUCACCUUCUCGCGAUUAGUUGCCGCGCCCGUGGUGGGGUAUCUGCUCGUCCACGACUACCAUGCAGCUGCGUUGUCACUGUUUGCAUAUGCAGGUAUCACGGAUCUGGUCGAUGGUUGGAUUGCGCGGAAGUGGCAGCUGCAGACGGUAGUGGGGACGAUUAUUGACCCAAUGGCUGAUAAGCUGCUGAUGACGAUUGGCGUGGCCUGUUUGGCGGUGAACGGGUCUCUUCCUGUAUGGUUGGCUGUGAUUAUUCUUGGUCGUGAUGUUGGUCUCGCCAUGUCGGCGAUCUAUUACCGAUGGAUCUCUCUUCCGGAGCCCAAGACCAUGGCCCGAUACUGGGAUUUCUCCCUGCCAUCGGCGGAGGUCAAGCCUACAGAGAUCUCCAAGAUUAACACGGCGCUGCAACUGGUGUUGGUGGGCAGUGCGAUUGCCCUGCCUGUGGUUCCGGAGACGAUCAUUACAGCCUGGCAUUUGAGCGAGGCUAUGACUGGAUUCCAAUAUCUGGUCGCCGGCACCACCCUCUGGUCGGGUCUGAGCUACGUCUUCUCCAACAACGCAGUGAAGAUCCUCACCAAGGAAGAGAUUCAAAAAAGAAUUGCCCAGGCAGGCACUACACGCAAGCCUUGA